AUGAAAAACAACCCUGACUUAGAGAAAGACUAUAUAUUUAAUAAUUUAGUCAAAAGAGACAAACAAGAAAGAAUGCCGGGCUUCAAACUUCAGAAAGGUGACAAAGUAAAAAUAGAAAUACCUAAACGCGACCCAUAUGAAAAUACUAUUGACUAUGACAACAAUGGGAACCCGACAGGUACUCACAUUCGUGUUCGUAAAAAUAGAAGAAAGUAUACAAGAGAAUAUUAUGAAGUUUUAGGCAAACAUGGCAAAAUGUACACACUGCAAGCAGAAGAUAAAACUACUAUUGCCAGACCUCGUUUCAAACUUGUCAAAGUUCAAGGUGGUAUACUUUCAAAGACAGUUCCUAACAAAUAUAAGACAACUCCUGACGAAUAUGCUAAAGAAGUUGAAAAUGACGACUAA